AUGUUCGUCUCCACUUUGCCUUCAUGGGUGUGCGAGAAGAAAACGCACGUGCGGCCUAUGAGGACAAUCACUGGUGUGCUGAUGGUCACAACGAUUGCCUACGUCCUGGUCGGCCUUCUGGGAGGUAUGGCAUUCGAACCGUUCUUCAACUCAAGCAACACCUUGCUCUCAGAACUUCAGCACAUUGCACCGGAGGCUCCGAAGAUCCUGCGACUUGUGGCGAAAUCGACGAUCCAGGCAUAUUCCAUCUCAGCGAACCUGGCGUCCGUCCCCAUCUUCUGCAUCCUCAUGCGCUACAACCUGCAGGAAGGCAUUGGAAUCACCCGGGGUUGGGCAAGUGCCAUCGCCAUCCUGCUUCCCUUUGUUCUGGCCAUCGCCUUCUACAGUGGCAAGGGCUUUCAGACUGCUGCGGCUCGUCGGCUCAGGAUUUGA